AUGGUUUUGAUCAAAGAGGUUGUCAUUGGAAGCAAUGAGCUCACAAUAACGCAUCUGCAAUUUGCAGAUGAUACAAUACUGUUUUGUGAAGCUAAGUGGUUGGAAGUGGUGACCAUCAAACGAAUUCUUAGGUGUUUUGAAAUCCUCUCGGGGUUGAAAAUAAAUUAUCAUAAGAGCGUGAUUGCCGGUAUUGGAGUGAAGGAAGUAAUGCUGCAAAGUUUUGCCUCUAGACUAAAUUGCGCCCAUCAGAGGUUACCUUUUAAGUAUCUUGGUGUACCUCUAGGAGCUAAUCCUGGAGUAGUGAUUGAUUUUUAUAACAGGAGAGGGGGGAUUCAGGUAUGGAAUCUGGAAUUCAGGAGGCCCCUGUUGGCCUGGGAAGAGGAGGAGGUUUGUAGACUUCAUUCCUUCCUUAUAAAUGCUUCAGAAAUGAGGGCCACCAAACCCGAUGUUUGGAAGUGGAAGGCUGAUCCAUCUGGGGUGGUUUCGGUUGCAUCAGUGUACAAAAGAUAUGAAUUCUUCUUGGGCUCUGUUAGGAAAAUGGCAGUGGUAGUUUGGAACAACUGUGCUCCUCCUAAAGUCAAAUUUUUUGGGUGGUUGGCUUGGCAAGGCAACGUGAAAACCUCUAGUUUCCUGCAGAGAAUUGGGAUUUUAGAUGCAUCUGCCAUUGUGGGCUGUGUUUUCUGUGAAAACGAGGUGGAAUCUGUCAACCAUAUAUUACUCUUUUGUCCAUUUGUUUGGCUGUUGUGGUCUCAUAUUAUGAAAUGGUGGGUUUCUCAGUGGGCUAUGCCAAACACAAUGGAAGGGCUGCUAUAA